UGUUAGUGAGCCCCUAUGACCAUAAAUAGUAAGAUAGGCACUGCUAUGGUUUCUUAUAUCAAGAAAUUGGAUAUCUCUAGUCUGAGCAGCACUCACAACCUUUCCUUGAUCUGGUCCUGGUUGAAAGCCAAUCCCCACAACUUUUUUUACUCCUUGUGUAUCGCCUUGAUUCACAGACGAGCCUAAGAAGCAUCAUUGCCAUUAGUAAUUACAGAGACAAGUGCAAAGUGUAUAUAUUUUCAGAAUAAGGUUUGUAUUAUGGUAUAUGCCUAGGAUAUGGGCUGGUCCACUACAAAGAAAG